AUGUGUCACGACUCGACGCGCAUCGAGCUAGACGCGGAGGAACCAGGUCAACCCGGCCCGAAUGCGAUAACGUGCGCGCGACAUGGUGGGCUGUCCAUGUCCCAGGGUCGUCGAUGGCGAGAUACCUCGAAACGUCGGCGGGGACGAGCAUCCCGUCGAUCGAGCUCCUCCGUCGCCUGGUGGAUGGCCUUGGUGUGUUUGGUGUUAUCGUGGGCCUCACCGGCUGCCGCUGCAUUGUUGAGCUUUGAUAACUGCUUGAGCGAAACGAUAUUGGAUUCCAACCCGCUUCAGUUGCAAUUUAUUCCGCUCAACGUCUCUGUACAUUUCAAUUUCACCGACCCGCUACAUCCGCUGAAUGUUACGGUAUACGGCAAUGUGUCGGGUACAGCUGAUGGUUCUCAAGCUCCCUCGUCGACGGAUCCGUCCUGGAGUAAUUCGAGUUCGACGGUGGGGAAGAUCGUCGACGUGAGCGCCACUAAUAACAAGUACAGCACAUUGCUUACAUCCUUUGAUGUGCUGAGCUUCACGCCCUGGAACAAUGCCUCGCAGUUCUGCCAACAGGUGACACAGGGCGAGUGUCCGCUGGGCCCAGUCUUCAAUUACAAUCUGAGUGACUUGAGCACGUUGCGAGCCUUCUCCGUUCAACAUAACAUGGUAUCAACGUAUCGCUUUUCUACGAUCAACCCUACACUCAUUAUCCGAUCUGGUGAUGCCUCGGCGGCCGAGCUGGGCUGUAUCACGGUCCCGAUCACGCCGGACUUUGGCACGUCCCUUAAGAACGCCCUGGCGUAUGUGCCUCUGGUGAUUCUGCUGUUGGUGGGGAUUGCUACCGUAGCAGCGGCGAUGUAUAGCCCGUGGGGGACGACAGAUAUCUUCCGAUGGACAAGCAACUACGGCCGUGAUGAAGACGUGCUACGGUUGGUGACGCCUGGUUUUGCGGAUUGUCUGCAGUACCUGCAAUACGUCGUCCUCACCGGUUCCCUGUCUUUGGACUACCCCGGAUUUUUCCAGCCUGCGGUCAGUCACGGGUCCUGGUCGGUGCUGAUGUUUAAUCAGAGCUUUGUGAAUCCCGACGGUGGCAAUACCCCAGUAGUCGACGGGGUCUAUGCGAUCAAUGGGACAUAUGGACUCGACCGAAUGAACCAGCUAGUCGGAAUGGCCUCCACUAAAGAUAUCUGGCCUGGUAUGAUGGUCUGGACGUUGGUCAUUUUGGUAGCCAUGACUGCCAUCUGCCAGAUCGGAUUUGGACUGCGUUGGCUGCAUCGCGAACUGGCACACAGCACAGAGCAAGAUCUGCGCGCCAAAAACAUGCCAUUCACCGUUGGCAACGUCAUUCGUAUCGUCUUCAACUACCUUCUCCUUCCCAUAGUCUCCCUCUCCUUCUUUCAACUCGUCAUUGCCAAGGGGUCUCCUGCGUACAGCGUUGCCUUGGCAGCCUUGGUCAUUGUAACCGUCAUCUGCUUCUCCGUCUGGCUGGUUCGUGUUAUCGUGUCUACCCGACCCAAGUCCCACCUCUUCGACGAUCUUCCUACCGUCCUCUUGUACGGACCGCUGUACAAUACCUACUGCGACGAUGCCACCGCAUUUGCCAUGAUUCCCAUCUUUCUCAACUUUGCCCGGAGCGUUGGCAUUGGAGCUCUCCAGCCGUCCGGCAUUGCGCAGGUUGUCUUACUGGCCAUCUGCGAGGUCGUUUCCGUACUGACCUUGAUCGCCUUCCGACCUUUCCCUUCACCUACACAUAUGAAUUUUUACCAGGGUAUCUUCUCCUGCGUUCGAUUUUUGACUAUCAUCAUGAGCGUGGUGUUUGUCCCCUCUCUCACCGUGUCCGCCGCCGCGCGGGGCUGGAUCGGCUAUGUCAUUCUCGUCUUGCACGCUUUGGUUCUUAUCUUUGGUUUCUUCCUCAACGCGUUGCAGACGUUGAUUGAAGUCUUGGCACGACUCGCUGGUGCUGGUGGUGCCACCCGUGGUGGUCUGGUCAAGGUCUUUGGAAUGCGGCAGCUGUCACGGCGUGUGCCACGCCAGGAUCUCACUCGGCAAAGCAUGGGCUCCGAGGCAGCGAUGCUGGCACAUGCUGAUGACCGAAUGUCCUCCCAAUUUGGAGAUUCGCGGCCUCGCAGCUUGUCCGGGAGCUCUGCUCUCCUGCUCAACCGUGCAACGGCUAGCGAAGGACGUGCCAGCGCAAUUCUUGACUACGCCAGUUCUCAGGGUGGCUCGCACAGCCGUGCCCCGAGUGGCAAUCUAUAUGCACAGUCCCCUACUGCAUACACCGGGGCUGGUGGGUAUUCCAGCGGAUCGCCGAAUAGCAGUACAUUUAUUGCUGCGCAACCGCGUGAUCCUUACUACCGACCGCCUCGCCCAGGACGCCGAACACCUCAGGGCUCCUUUGAUCGAAGUAUGCGAAGUAAGCGGAGCUCGAGGACAUUCUUGAAGAGUCGUGGGCGUGAUGAAGAGGACAUCGGCGAUGCGACCCCAAUGUCUGGUCGCGGCACGCCCGUGCCUGCAUACUUACCCGCGCCGAAGGAUGACAUGGAGAUGGAGGACACUGAGCAGCGAAAGGACUAUGCCGUUCGUGAGGUUGACUUCUACUACCGUGUGCGCGGACCUCCGCUUUCGCAUACCGGUACAACUCGGAAAUUGAAGACUGGACCCGCUGAUCCUACCGGACCCGUCUCUUCUGCCACUGGCUGGUUCCGUGGCUUGUUCCAGGGCAAGACUAAGGACAAAGGUAAAGGAUUCGAGGUUGUCCGAAGUGCUCGGGCACCACCUCCAGGUCUUUUCCCAGGCGGCGAUUUCAAUGAGCCCUACCAUGAUGACCCGCAGGCGGAAGAUGCCGCGGCCGGUGGCCACUCUCGGAAUGUAUCUGCGGGCGAGCCUCCAUAUCGUGAUUCUGAGGGUGAGCAGGGUGGUGAACAUGGCGAGCACGAACAAAAGGGGUCUGAUGAAGCCUCGGGGGCACCAGUCCUGCCCGAGGUCAAUACUGUUGGUGCCAUCGAGCUGCCUAGUCGUGUCGGAUCACGUCGUACGCAAGCAGAAUCUAAACACGGCGCAGACAAUACCUUCUCAGGUCUACCCGCCGUCACAGAAGCAUCCUCCCCGCUAUCAAAAAGUGUGCACUCUCAUUCAGAUAAUCACCUCCAACCCCAAUCAUCUCCCACAACCGCCCGCCUCCCCUUCAGCGGUAGCAGCUCGACAUCCCGCGAGCGAGGUCUCUCCGUCGCAUCCACCUCCGGCUCCCUGACCUCGAGUCACAAAACCGGCCGCGAGCGCAGUCGAUCAGAGCGACCAUCGAGCAUGGGCUAUGUCGCGCAGCACCGCACGCGGGAUAACAUCCACGAAGCUAGUCCCGACGAAACCUCCUUUACAGGAAGUGCAGCAGAACUCGUCGACGGACAUAUUCACGGCGACCACUAA